AUUCGCCAAAUUUUUGAUACGCUUGAAGGUCAAAAUACAGAUUAUAGCAUGAAAGUGACUUUUUUUGAACUAUACAACGAAGAAAUCACUGACUUGAUAGCUUUAGAAGAGCCCUCAAAGUCUUCAGAAGAGAGACAAAAGAAGCCUUUAUCUCUCAUGGAGGAUGGAAAAGGUUGUGUUGUAGUGAGGGGUCUUGAGGAAGAAGCUGUGUACAGUGCAAACGACAUUUAUAACCUCCUAGAGCGAGGAGCAGCCAGGAGGCGCACAGCAGACACUCUACUGAACAAACGCAGCAGUCGUUCUCACUCUGUUUUUAGCGACAAGUUAACUAUAUAUGUUUGA